UCCAACACACUCCCACCGGAAGAGAAACUGCUGGUGUGACGCUCGCUCGCAUCGUCUUGUUUAUUUUCCUCGAGAUGAAUGCUAGUCGACUUUACCUAUAUUUAUUGAAUUCUCAUUAAGCAGCUUUUAUUUGGACUGUGUUAAUGAGUUAGUAAGGUGUUUAGAGUGUAUCUGUGUCAAACAGCAGGCAUUAAUACGACUGUUAAAUCAUGGCUGUUGUCAACGAAGGAGCUCUUAAAAAGAUGCUGAAGCAAUACAAAUACAGAGAUCUCACUGUCCGAGAGAUAACAAACGUCAUCUCUCAGUACAAAGACCUCAAACCUGUUAUGGAUGCAUACGUGUUUAAUGACGGAUCAUCCAGAGACUUGAUGAGCCUCACAGGAACUGUUCCAGUUAGUUAUAGAGGGAAUGUGUACAAUAUUCCCGUGUGCUUGUGGCUGUUGGAUACGUAUCCCUACAAUCCUCCGAUAUGUUUUGUGAAGCCCACCAGUGCGAUGAUGAUCAAGACCGGCAAACACAUCGACGCCAACGGCAAGAUCUACCUGCCAUACCUGCACGAAUGGAAACAUCCUCAGUCAGAUCUGUACGGGCUCAUCCAGGUCAUGAUUGUGGUGUUUGGUGAGGAGCCGCCUGUUUUCUCCAGACCCACCACACAACCUCCUUACCAGGCCUUCCAAGCAGCCGGACCCCCGAACCAGUCCUAUAUGCCAGGAAUGCCAGCUGUAUCUCCCUACGGGCCCAACCCAAACCCCUGUGGUUACCCAGGUUACCCUUACCCAGGAGGUAAUGCUUAUCCUGCCACAGGCGGUCCAGCACAUUACACUUCCCAGACUCCUGUCACUACUGUGGGUCCAAGUCGUGAUGGUACCAUCGGUGAGGACACCAUCCGAGCAUCGCUGAUCUCAGCCGUGAGCGAUAAACUGCGCUGGAGAAUGAAAGAGGAAAUGGACAGAGCGCAAGCUGAGCUGGACGCCCUGAAGAGAACCGAGGAAGACCUGAAGAAAGGACACCAGAAGCUGGAAGAUAUGGUGUCCCGUCUGGACCAGGAAGUGGCUGAGGUGGACAGAAACAUUGAACUUCUCAAGAAGAAGGACGAGGAACUGAGCGAAGCUCUGGAGAAGAUGGAGAACCAGUCGGAAAACAACGACAUUGACGACGUGAUCAUCCCAACAGCCCCGCUCUACAAACAAAUCCUGAACCUGUACGCAGAGGAGAACGCCAUAGAGGACACCAUCUUUUACCUGGGAGAAGCCCUGCGUAGAGGAGUCAUCGACCUGGAGGUCUUCCUCAAGCAUGUGCGUCUGCUGUCCCGCAAGCAGUUCCAGCUGCGAGCGCUCAUGCAGAAAGCGCGAAAGACGGCUGGACUCAGUGACCUUUACUGACCCCGCACUCCAGCUCUGAUCACACGUGUCAGACUCGGAUCUAGUCGCUCUGUGGUAUGUCAGUGGGAGUUCAGCUGUUUAUGAUCUUUUACUUCUGUGAGAGUUUUAGCUACUGUACCUGACUUUAUUUUCUGGAUUUGGAAAAGGCAUAAUGGGUACGAUAUUUGAACGCUAAAAGGUAAAAACUAGACCGGAGCAUUAGAAGUAAAUGAGACGUAAUAGACUUUUUGUUCCUUCUUUCAUUUGAGCUACUCGUGUUAAACUGGCAGGCGUUUGGGUCUUUGGCUUUAGAUACUACUGUUAUUAACCGUACAGAGUGAUAACUUUUCAAAUGUGACGUCUGCAGGAAGUGCAUGAGGAAAUUUCUCUCAAAUGUGGAUAGCAACUCCUGUUUUCAUUCAGGCACUGUUACAAAGUGUUGUCAUACUCCAUAACUAUGUGAAUCUCACAGGAACAUUCACCUCAAAAGAAAUAAAAUAUAUAUUUUCUGCAGAAAAAAAUGGAGGACUAUUAAGAUUUUUUACAUUGUGUAAAAUAUUAAGUAAAUUUAAGUAAAAAGUUUGGGAAAAUAGGUACAUUCCCCCCGAAAUUUCUCAUUAAAGUUAUAGGAAAAAAAGGUUUUUAAAAUAUUAAAACCAGCAUAAAUUAAAUUUAGUAAAACAGGUCAGAUAUUUAAAAUAUAUUUUAUAUUUAAAUUUUUCUUUACAAUGAGAAUUUGAGGGAACGUGCUUUAUCACAAUGCAAAAAAAAAAAAUCUUUAUGCAAGUUUUCUUUAUGCAAAAUAUUACUUUUGAUUUUGGGGUGAAAUGUCAUUUCUUGAUGCUUUCUGUGAGAUUCACCCAAUUUAUGGAGAACAGUGAUGACUUGUGGCUCCAUAUUUCAAUUUUAUGACAUUUAUUUUGCUGAAUUUAUUAUUUAUCUCAUUGCAAUUGGGAACUAUUGUUGUUCCAGAUUUAUUGGUAUGUUGUUACAACUGUAUAUCAUUUCGCUGUACAGAAAGUUUGGUUUGUGACUAAUAAUGUUUGAAAACUGAAAAGUUAUAAACUGUUGUACUGUACUUUAUUUUAUUUUUUUUGACUUAUUCUUCCAGAUGUUUUAAAAAAAUUAACAAUUCUUACCUGUUGCAUUUCAGGCAGUUGUUUUAAUGCACUUUUGGGAUGCGAGUUAGAUUUUUAAGACUUGAGUUGCUGUUUCUUAGUGAGACUUUACCCCCUUAUCUGCUAAUAUUUGUACCAGGCUGUAGAUUAUGAUGUCGGGCAGAUCAAUAAAAGAACAUGAUCUUGAAUCAUGAUAGAUUUGUGAA